CUUUGACUGCCCAUCGGCAAAGGCAGCCGACAUCGCUUCGAGAGGGACGGGUGCUGUCUGUCUGUCGGUUGGUCGGUCUGUCUGUCUGUAUGUCCGUCUGUCUGUCUGUCUGUCCGUCUGUCCGUCUGUCAGUCUGUCUGCCUUUCUGUCUGUCAGGCACUGCAUGAACUCGCUCAAGGACACACACGGAAAGACACAUCACGUGCACGUGUGUACAUAUCUUCAAAUGUAUCGCGUGUGUGCCUAUUUAUGACGCCCUCAACAAACGCUUGGCCGUCAACCCAUGGAUAUGUCUCUCAACAGCAAUUCACAUCCAGAUGUCUCACUGACAUACUCGACGCACCGACACAACAUCACAGCUUCCCGUCGCUCUCAUGGCAGUCAUCGUAAUACGCCAUUCCUAUCUCACAUGGACACCGAUUCCUGGCAACAGCCCGUUUUUUGGCGCCCUUUUGCCAUGCCGUCAUUUGGCUUGGGCAAGCGGGGUGAGCUGGGUUCCUGGACCGGCCGGACUUAUUGGGCUACUGCCUCCUGAUUCCACACUCGAGUCGGUGCGUCUCAGCCGCCAAAAGAGGUCGCUGGCUCGCCAUCCUAAGAAACAAAUGGACAGACGAUCGAUGCAGUCAGUGUAUGAGCACACAUACAACACGCAGCUUGUCCGUUCACACUUUCGAUACAAGGGCUCCAUCGCCAUCCCCCAAGCCACUCUGAGAGUAGCCGCAUUCGUGCAUGGUAGGCACCGAAACAUUAAUGUGCGCUCAUGGCUUACUGGAAAGAAGAAGGGCCAACGCCACGUACAGGACGAUGCAGCAGCCGAUAAAGUGGGAGCGCAUGAAGUACGGCGGAUAGCAGAACGUUAGGGUAAUGAGAAUGGCCACUGCAGAGGCGAUACAUCACCCGAGAGACACAAGAGCGCCUUGUCAGAUGAGAGUCUAUCUACCUGCGUAUACGAAUCUAUCGAUAAACGCAUUUUGUCGGUGCUUCCAGGAGCUGCGUAGAAUGUAGACGAUAGAACACAGCAUCGCAUGCUCGUCUCGAGAGAGACUUUUGGGGCAGUCGCUCGACAGCGGACGCCUGCAUAUCACACACACUGGCGUCACUUUGGGUUAACAUGCGUGAUGCAAGCCGCCAACCUGUCAGUGAUUCGGCUGUAGGCCUUCACGAAACCAGCCCUCCCAGAGGUGUCGAUGACUUUGUUGCAAGCCUCCUCAAACUUUGCACAUAAAAGGUCAAACUUCUUCUUGACCUCUGCAAAGCAGAAGUCGACAUGCUCUUUCUCGAAGAGUAGGACUUGUUGUGUCAACCCCAAAUCAUCCUGAAAGACACAAAUCACGUGUCUCUAUUCCCGGGGCACAUUGUUCGUUCCUCAUCCGACAGCCCACCAGAUUCAGAAUGAAAUUGAAGGCCAGUGAGUUGAGAAUCACAUCUUGAGGGUCUUCUUCAAGCCAUAAGAUCAGAGGCAGAGCAACGCAUGUCAGAGACCAUGUCAACAUCCAGUUCAGAAAGACACCUGCACGUGUUCGGAUACAACGAAAGUGCUCUUCGGGAAUCGUGGGGCGCUUCGGUGUCUCUCACCAUCUUUCAGUAUCCGCCAUCUGAAAUUUGCUCUUUUUGACCUUCCGGGAUCCGAAUCGGCGAGAUGACAAGACUCAAGGAUGGACCUCAUUGUGUUUUUCCCUGUUUGCAGAGGCUCGAUAAUGAAGGUGACGCCGUCGGUCGAUGAGUACUCUGUCUGGCCUGGACAGAGCCAGCGAUUGACCGGAUCCAGAAACUUCUUGCAGAUCUCUCGAUAAUAGACCUGCCGCAUUACGUCCUGCGAGACAAAGGAAAGGUUCAGUGCAUGUGAGCUUUUGUCCUUCGCACGACAUCUCCAACACCAUGAUUGCAUUGUUGAAGUUGAUGAGAAAUAAAAGCCCCGAGAGAAGUCGCGUGAGAGCUAUCAGAGGAAUGUAAGUGUUGACCGUGUACGAAAAGGGAAGAGUGAAAGUGUCGCCCCCCUCAAACUUCUCCCAGCCGCCAUAAGUCGCAUCUGUAACAAGAAAUCACGCCACAAGUGCUGCACAUGAGAAGUGUUCCUGGUACUCACAGAAUAGGAGGCCGAACGGUGUGAUUAUCUGCGUCAAACUGAUAAUCCAAUAAAGGAUCCAGUAGUGCCGAGGGUGCUCUAACAGAACAUGCCGAAAAAGCACAGGACGCUGCGAAGCAUGCGACAGACGGAGGUCUCGGGCGGCAGCCAGCGCACUAAUAGGAGGCGCAAGUGCCACUGCAAGCAGCAAAGAGACCGAUCGUUUGAGCGUAUAAUAUGUAUGCAUCAGCCUACGGUAUGUAUAGAUGUCCUGACGAGAGAUCAGCGCGUCCCGCACGAAUCCCAUCUCAGCCACGUAGCGCUCUUUCUCGUGAACAACCGACGGUAGGGUCUCUUCUGAGCGCCAAGUCUCGUGCUGGAAUCCGACGCGAUGGGGAUUUGGCUGCACAGUGACGUCAUUGGCGUCAUUUUGUUCGCCUGCGCCCUGCAUGUAUUGCGAAAGAGAAAGCGGUGUGCACCGAGGGUGAAAGACUUCCAUCUCUUAUAAUCUCUGACCGCUUCGCCUUCUUCUUGCUCCACAGUCACGUGGUUGACGUCUUCUUGCCUUUCUCUUUCUGCUGCACCAGUCGCGCCCUGCAACAACGAGUGAGAACACUGAGAAAAGAAUUUCGAAUCCGCGGAAGGCACGCAUUCUGACCGGAAGCAACUCAGCGUCAAGAUACUCAACGGUACUCCUCUUCAUCAGGAUAGGUCUCUGAAUGGCCCAAAGCGCACACGAAAUCUUCAAGAAGGG